UUUGCUUUCCGAUUACACGGUUUGGAGGGGGAGGGUGGCUGCCUUGUACGAGUUAUGCGGAGAUGGCUUUUCCUGGGAAGAGCGGACGCGGAGAGAUAUGAUAUCCCGAUAUUGAUGCAUUUUGCAGUCUUCAAUGCCUCUGCUUUACGAAUUCUGUUGGAACAGAUCACUUCUCACAUGAUCCCCGCCCUCACGCAUACAUACUCACCUUUCCCGCUAUACUUAUAUGCUUGAACCACUCCCCCAAAAAUUCCUCUCCCCUCACCAUCACAUGUUCCGAGUCACCACCCCAUCCCUCCUACCGCUUCAUCACCACCAACCCAUCCAAUACCCAAGAACCACCCCUCUUCCCCUAUCUCCCUUGGUACAGUACGCCAACGGUCCGAAUCCACACCGCCCCAACAGCCCUUCUCAACCCAAGCGCUCAGACCGUCCUCCACAGGCAUCAGUAAUCAAAAAGCACACACAUGCCAACACCGCGCCAACGCCGAGCGAUUCCGGCCCCGCGCACUCCCAAGGCUCCUCCGCUGGGCUCUGCGCUCGGCAUGCCGAGGCCUCGAUAAGCGUGAGUGGGCGGGCGCAGCGCUAAAGUGGGGGCUUGGGCCCCGUAGGGUUCUCGAUUGGCCGGGUUCUUUGACCGACUUGGCUGGGGAUGGGGAAUCGGGUUGCGGAUG